GCUGCUUCGCUAAAUGUCGCUGACAUUGGAGAUGCAUGUUGUACCCUUUAGUAAGUAACUAUUUCUGAUUGUAUAUAUACUCCAAGUGUGUCCUGGGUUGGAGCAGAAUUGUUCUGUUAUUCAACAAUACACAUCCAAGCUCUGUGCAAUCAUGAAGUUCAUCGCAGCUGUAGUCAUGAUGGCUUUCGCCCUUGCUGCCGAGGCAGGAUAUAUUUCGCUGAUAUACAAUACGCCUUUGGUUUAUACCGAUCACUCCACAAUCGUUCAGAGAACUCAAGCCGAUCCAAUCAAAAUUAAAGAGCUGUCAGUCAUCGGAUAUUCUUCCCCAAUCCAGACUUACACCCACCCGUUCUAUUAUGCGUACGACAGCGUACCAACUUUUUUGCUGCAGAAAGAAGCCCGCUUUUUGGCCGCCAACCGAGGUGCCCUGCACGAAGCACCCCUCCCAGGACACGAAAUUUCCCAGAUACAGCUCAAUCUGGAACCAGCGCCAGGUUCCAACUAACGGGAGACAUUUUGAAACCAUUUCGUCAGACGUCAUAACAUGGAAGAUUCAAAAUAAACAUUGAAAUUUAAGGAAAUCA